UAGCAGUAAAUAACAAUAAUUCAAUUCAAGAAAAUAAUUUAAAUUCUCAAAAGAAUUUAAUAAAUAAAUCACAAAUUAUUUCUUCUAUUUUUAGCUAUAACCCUGAAAUACCAAAUGUUAGAUAUGAUAAUAAUUCAAAACAAAUGGAUCAUAAACCAAGUAAUGCACCAAUUGAUGAUACUUCAUCAUUUAAAAGUAUGGGCUUAGAUAAUGAUUUAGUUGAAAACAUGAAAAAUAAAUUAGGAGUUGAGAAACCAACAAAUAUUCAAAGCAAAGCAAUUCCUAUAUUAAUGUCUUCUAUCAACAAAAACGUAGAAUUUGAUGUUAUUGUUCAAUCUGAGACAGGAUCUGGAAAAACAUUAACUUAUUUACUUCCAAUUGUGCAUCGAUUAAUAAAUAUUACAAUUGAUAUACAAAAUAAUGGAUUGCUUUCACGUUCAAUUGGAACUUUAGCAAUUAUAUUAACCCCAACACGUGAAUUAGCAAUUCAGGUUGUAUCAGUAUUGAAAUAUUUAAUUAAUAUUCCACCUUCAAAAUUUACUUCUCGUCAUUUAAAUCAUUGGAUUGUUAUUGGCAAUGUUAUUGGGGGCGAAAAAAAGCAAUCUGAAAAAGCUAGAUUACGUAAAGGAAUAAAUAUUUUAGUUUGUACUCCUGGUAGAUUAUUGGAUCAUUUACAAAAUACUAAAUCUUUUCUGGUAAAAAAUUUAUGUUGGCUCAUACUUGAUGAAGCUGAUCGUCUUUUAGAGUUAGGAUUUGAAGAAACUCUUCAAUCAAUUAUAAAAAUUUUAGAUGAAAAGACUAUUAACUCGGAAACAAAAAAUCAAAUUUUCUCAUCUUCUAAAUUUUGGCCAAAAAGAAGACAAAUUAUUCUUUGUUCUGCUACUUUAAAAGAUGAUGUUAAACGUUUAGCCGGAUAUACUUUAUUUAAUCCAAUUUUUAUUGGAGGAAAUGACGAUUUUUCCUUUAUAGAAGAAAAAAGUGAGAAAAAUGCAAAGUUUAACACACCAAAUCAAUUAAAACAAUCAUAUAUUAUAACGCCAGCAAAAUUACGUUUAGUUACUUUAACAGCAAUCCUUAAAUCAACUUUCAAACAAAUUAGAAAUUUAAUGAAUCGUAAAAUUAUAGUAUUUGUAUCAUGUUGUGAUUCUGUAGAUUUUCAUUUUGAUUUAUUUAUGAAUGCUGGAAAAAUUAACGAAUUAGAUGAUGAAAAUUCUGAUGAUGAUAAACUAAAGAAUAAUGAUCAAUCAAUUUCUACUAUUAUCCCUGCGAAAAUAUUUCGAUUACAUGGUGACCUUACACAAAAUGUUCGUACAGAAAUAUUUAAUGAAUUUAGUCGUUCAAAUUCUGGAAUAUUAUUUUGUACGGAUGUUGCUGCAAGAGGUCUUGAUCUUCCUGACGUCGCAGAGAUUAUUCAAUAUGAUCCGCCAACAGAUUUAAAAGAUUAUGUUCACAGAGUUGGUAGAACUGCAAGGUUAGGUAAAGAAGGUGAAGCUAUAUUGUUCAUAUUACCAAGUGAAAUUGAGUAUAUUAAUGUUUUAAAGUCACAAGAAAUUUUUGCCGAGCCUGUUCGAGUCGAAACUUUAUUAAAAAGUUUGGCAACUCAAAAUAAGAGGAACAAAAAUGAAUAUGAAGUCGUAGCGACAGAUAUUCAAUUAAAUUUUGAAAGAUAUGUUCUUUCAAAUUCAAAGCGCACCACAUUAGCCCAAAAGGCGUAUUCAUCACAUAUUCGUGCAUAUGCAACGCACGUAUCCACAGAAAAACAUAUUUUUCAUGUAAAAAAAUUACAUUUGGGUCACAUAGCAAAAAGUUUUGGUCUACGAGAAGCGCCAUCAAAUGUUAAUAACAAUCUUGUUUCCUCCAAGAAGUUAGAUAACAAGAAUGAUCAUAAAAAGGAAAAGAUUUUUAAUAAAGAAAAAAAGAAUUCAUAUGAUGAUCAAAAGAAUAUAAAGAAAAGGAACUUUGAAAUAAUGAACGAAUUUUCUGUUGGGAAUUAUGGAAGUAUGAUAGGACCAACUACAAAAAGAAAGCGAAAAGGUUUUUUGCAGAUCAGUAAAGAAAUGUAUUAGUGAAUAAGUGAAUAUGCUAUUACUAUGAGGAAUGAAUAUGAGACGUAAUUUCCUGCCUCCUUCCUGAUUUUAUUAAUUAAGACUUUUAAGGAUGCCUUUGUAUCUGUCUCGUGCCUCGUGGUAAAAUAUUGUAAUUAGGUUGAAUGACAUUUCCGAGAUUUCACAACUUGGUCUCCCGGAAUUUUAACUUGUGAUGAACACGAGAAAAGAAUUCAACAAGUAUGAUUCACAUGAUUUUACUUCAUGUUUCAGGCAAGAAACUUCGAA